AUGAAAUUACAAACUUAUAAAAAAUAUAUAGAAUAUUUAAAAUCAACUGGAAUUUGUAUUGUUAUGGUUGGGUUAGUUUUACUUAUUAUAUUUUUCUUUUCUUUUUUCAAAUUAUUAACUUAAUGAUGUAUUAAUUGAUUUAUAUUUUUCAUGUAGAGGUUGUUGGUUUUUGUAUCAGCUGCGACAAGUAUCGCAAAUUUUACAAUCCUCUGUACCUACCAAUGUUUUAAGCAAAGAGCAACCCCAUACCCAAUAUAUUUAUAUUGAUGAUCCUAGAUUCAAAGAUGUUCUCAUGUUAAGAAAAAUUGAAAAUUUACAAUCAUCAGUGCCAGUGGAGUCAUUUUCAUUUGCUCAUAUCAUAAUGAAAUGGUGGAAAUCAUUAACCCGUAACGUGGCAUAUAAAUUAUUAAAUAUCGCACAAACUGGCAAUGAUACAGAACGUUUGAAAGCUCUCUAUACUCUUACUUCUCUAAAGCAUUUAAAAGAUUGGCAUUAUCAGCAUAUUGCACAAAUGUUAGAUGCUAAAACUGCCGUGUCUCUUGCAAGAAUGCCAAAUGUUGAUUUAAGAUUUUUUCUACAACCACCGUAUCAUCAUGUACAAUAUAAAUUACACGAUGUAAUAGAAAAAGUACACCAGUUGCUCCUUUAUUUAAGUACGUUAUGUGAAAAUACUCAUCCAUGUCUUGUUCAAUUCCUUAAUAAAAACUUUAAAGAUACACCUUCUGUAAUCAGGAACUAUUUAAAAAAACAGGAUAAUUUGAUACUUGAUCACGACUUAACAAACUUAGGGCUGGCUGUAGCACCAGCCAUAGUAUGGGAUCGAGAAUUAUUAAAGAAUUGUGUUCAAGCACUAUGCCACCAUUCUUGUCUUGAACAAUAUAGCAAAGAUAUUAUUGAUGCUGGUGGUCUUCCAUUAUUAAUGAUAAUAAAAAAAAUUUUCAAUGACAACGUUAACAUAUGUAUAUUACUUGCAAAAAUUAUUUCUAAUAUUUCACUUCACUCAAUGUAUUUGCAAGAUAUUUUUCAAUCAGUUUCGUCUAAAGGUUGGAUUGGUACAUUGGUAGAAUGGUCUCAAAGUAGUGAUAUAAGAUUAUCAGUACCAGCCAGUCGGGCAUUGGCAAAUUUAGAUAUGGAUGAGAAUGAUAAAUAUCCAAGACGUAUUUAUCUUCUUCAUCCUUUGCACAAAAAUAUGGCAAGCACAAAGUUAGAUGUUGUUUUCUUACACGGACUACUUGGUGGAGUGUUUGUAACAUGGCGACAAAGAGAUCCAGAUACAUCUGAAGUUGGGUUUGUAGAUCCCUAUAUUAUACAAGAUGGGAUCAAUUUUUCAAGUUUGAUAGAUGAUCAGUCUCAUGAAUUUUUGAAAGAUUUAGCUUAUGAUUUGAGGAAGCGUGAGUGGGACAGAGUAGGCCAAGACUUUGAAGUAAUUUUGGACGAUUGUCCUCAAAAUACUAAUACUAGAGGAACUGGACCAUUUUUCUGUAAAGGAAAUGAUGUAUGUAUGAAGAAAAUGUAUCAUGAUAGACAACAUAAAACACAAUGUUGGCCUAAAGAUUGGUUACCACAGGAUAUUCCACAUAUCCGAGUUAUUGCGGUAAAUUAUGAUACUAAUUUGUCACUAUGGACACAUUCAUGUCCAAUAGACGGCAGAAAAAGUACUAUGGGUGAAAGAAGUAAAGAAUAUAUAAAAAAAUUGUUAAUUGCGGGUGUUGGAAAACGAUCAACGAUUUGGGUUUGUCAUUCAAUGGGUGGUUUAUUAGUAAAAAGAAUGCUUGUGGAUGAGUGGAAAACUGGAGAUCAGAAUGAUAUAUGUAAAAAUACACGUGGUAUAAUAUUUUAUAGUACUCCACAUCGAGGUUCUCGCGUGGCAGCAUUAAAACAAGCAACACAAAUGGUAGUGUGGCCAUCGAUCGAAGUACAGGAACUUCGAGAAGAGUCACCACAAUUAUUAAAAUUACACAAUGAAUUCCUCGAUAUGUUGAAAGAACAUCCCAUAGAGAUUAUUAGUUUUAGUGAAACUAAAUCUACCCAUGUGACACCGUUAAAUGUGCCAUUUCAGUUUGUUACUUCUAAUUCAGCAGACAUUCCUUCUUAUAUCAAAAACUUUUGUGCGUUUUAAAACGUCACGUAACUCAGGAGAAAACAACUAUUUCUCCAAUUAUGGAAUUGCUAUCAUUGCCAAGUAAAUUAUUAUAAGUCUGUAUAUAUUUCCAAAUUAUGAUAUUAUGAAGAUAUAUUAUUUUACCACUAUCAAAAAGUUUAUUUUUGUAUACUAUUAUUAACUUUCGGAUGGCGGAUGCUCCACCUAGUAACGUAGGCCGAAGGUUAAUUACGCAAUAAGAGAAGGAAACAAAUAAGGCUAACAAAUUCGUCUUUCUCUCUUUUUAAUCAUAAUAACGAUGAGUUCAAUUUAGAGUAAACAUAUUUAUAUUACAAAAAUAUCAAGUAUUUCUUACUUAUUUAACGCCAUUGAUCAGUUGUUUCUUUGACUAGAAUGAACAAUAAAAUUUUUGUAAUAAAAUCAAUGAACGACUGAUAAAAAAAAUAAUUAAAUCGAUCUAUGACAGUUUUCUGAAGUUGAAUACAAGAUGCUGAUCGAUUAAUAUAAGAUAGUUUAUCAUAAAUAAAAUUGCAGUGAGUUUUAAAUGUACAGAGAAAAUCUUAUAUAAAGUAUAGCAUAAGCACAAUGUAAGGCACUGAAUAAAUUAAAUAAAAGUGAAAUUGAUAGAAAUUUUAUUUUAUUACCGUAAAUUUUUUUAGAAAUUUGUAUCGUAAUCAGGAUGAUGAUGACUUGA